CGAAAGCUGUCAACACGCGUGUAGCUUGGCCAUGUCGACCUCCGGCUUUGCCCGACUGUUUUCCCGGCUUUCUGUUGCACCAUGUUUUACGAAUCCUAUUGCAAAGCCUUCGCUUUUAUCACAGUGUAAAUCCUGUGGAACUGUAUACAGGCAGUCUUUCAUCCACACAUUCCAGAAUGGACCAGCCUUACAAAGGGGGAUAACCAGUAAUUUUCAAAGGCAAACAAAUCUUGCAGUAUUGGUAUCAAAACAUGGAGUUAGACAGAUCUCCCCCAAGCUCCAAGCACCUGUUAGAAGGACCACGAAUCUUGGAAGUUUCGGAACAUUUUUCCCGGACAUUCCAGUUCAUGCUCAGAAAAUGGUGGGUCGCUGGCUGAUCGGCUGUGCAGGGAUGGUGUUUGGAGCAGUUAUUCUGGGAGGUGUCACAAGAUUAACAGAGUCGGGGCUUUCUAUGGUGGACUGGCGCCUCCUCAAAGAUAUGAGGCCUCCUCAGUCACAGCAAGAGUGGGAGGAGGAAUUUGAGAGAUAUAAACAGUUCCCAGAGUACAAAUUCAACGCCAAGGAAAAGGAAAUAACCCUGUCUGAUUUCAAGUUCAUCUACUAUAUGGAGUAUGCCCACAGGAUGUGGGGUAGGAUGGUGGGGGUAGCGUUCUUACUGCCAGCAGCAUACUUCCUCAAGAAGGGAUGGAUUGCUAAGGCUAUGAAGGCCAGGUUAGGAAUUAUGGCUGGAUUAUUGGGGUUUCAGGGUUUUCUGGGCUGGUACAUGGUGAAAAGUGGGCUGCAGGAGAAGCCUGGGCCUAAUGAUGUCCCCAGGGUGAGUCAGUAUCGCCUGGCUGCCCACCUGGGCUCUGCCUUCCUGCUCUACACAUUGUUCGUCUGGUCAGGUCUCACACAUCUGCUACCACCUAACAAGUUGGAGUUUACGAAAGGCCUGAGGAAGGUGCGUGGCAUGGCUCAUGGCUCCAAAGCUUUGGUCUUCAUCACAGCUGUCUCAGGUGCAUUUGUGGCAGGCCUGGAUGCUGGACUUGUUUACAACACAUACCCCAAAAUGUCCGACAAGUGGAUCCCAGAUGAUUUGCUGGCUUUAUCACCAAAAUGGAAGAACUUUUUUGAAAAUAGCACAGCUGUUCAGUUCGAUCACAGAUGGCUGGCUCAUGCCACAGUGGGUCUGAUCACAGCUCUGUGGGUGUCCUCUAGGAAAGUCCACCUCCCGCCUCGUGCCCGUCUUGCCGUGAACUGUCUGUGUGGCAUGGCAUAUAUCCAGGUUCUGCUGGGUAUCACAACCCUGCUGACAUUUGUCCCCACCUCCUUGGCCGCCACCCAUCAGUCUGGCUCCCUCAUCCUGCUUACUUGUGCAGUCUGGCUCACUCAUGAGCUCCGGAAAAUACCCAAAUAAACAGUCUGUGGAUCUGUGAAAAAUGAAGAGGAAUUGGGAAGGCUGGGCAUUUAUUUUCACACAAGUGAAAACAAAUUCAUAUGGUUUAUAUAAGAAAUUUCUGCAUUUAGAGGACAUGAACUAUAAUUUUCAACCGAUUGAGAACAAAGGCUAUUGUAACUGUGUAUCAAACCCUGUGGUUUUAUAUCUGUGUGGAUAACCAUUUGGUGGCGUUUGUUUCGAUCGAGUUCUGAUGAAAUCUCGGUAGCUCAGAUCUAGAGUAAUGUUCCUUAUUUCAUAAUAAAUACAUUUGCUUAAACUUGUCAUGCCUUGGAUCUGGAAGAUUUUGUAGGUUUGUUGGCAUUGCAUAUUGUUUAAUCGUUGAUAUGUUUUUUUUAUUAAUGCUAAAACUCAUAACACUACAUUUGAAUAGUAGUGUAGAAAAAUUAUGUUUUAGAAUGCACUUUUGUGGAGGCAUUGUGAGUUAAUCAUGGUACAACAGGACAAUAAUUAAUUGUAAUUUUAUAGGUGUUAGGUAUAAUUGUAUAUAUGUAUACCCAUGAAUGCUUGGAGCCAUUUUGGAGUAUACUGCUGAGUAGUAUAUUUUGUCCCUGAUACUCAGUUUUACAUUUAUAGAUAAAUAUUCAUUGAAAUUGCUUGGGCCUGACUGAGGGUGGUUAGUGUGACAGCGCGGCACAGUGACCCAGGAGCCUCUCCGCAAUGGGGUCGCUGUGAGUUGAAGUCCAGCUCAUGAUGGCUUCCUGAAAGUGGGAAGGUCUGUCGGCAGCUUAUGGAUGGUCUGCCGGCAACCUGUGGAUGGUCUUGGGUUUUCCGGGCUCUGUCUGGUUUCUUCCUACCAUAAUGCUGGCUGACGUCGUGUAAGUGAAACAUUCUUGAGCACGGUGCAAAACACCAAUGAAAUAAAAUAAAUAAAUCAUUGAAAUAGCUUUGGGGACUUUGUUAAGGACAAGGGACAUGAAUUGAGCAUCCA